GUGCUAGAAAAUUUCAUUAAAAAAUGAGCCCCAUAUAUAAAUAAAAAUAACACAAAUAACACUUAUUAUCUUAUAAAUAAUAGCCUUGUUUUGUAAUCAUAGAUAAUUGUUUGCAUAGAAGUGUAGACUACGUACGAGUUACAACAUAACCUGAAAAACAUGUUACAAUUAAAUAAUGACUCUAAAAACCCACUAGGACAAAAAUCACGUUUUGCAAUGAACUUAUUAACUUGGAAGAGUCCGGGAGCCGGUGACAGCUCACUUUCAUGUGGAACAUCCAUCGUACACAACCUAACCUCAACACUGUCCCAUUUUUUAGAAGAAAAUGCACCGUUAAGAAAAUUCGGCCGCAUAAUUAAGCAACUUUCUAAACCGACUCAUAUUAUUUGAAAAGUAUUCGUUUCGCUUCGCUCACCCAACAAGCACGAUGUGUUCAAACCAAGUAUUUAUUGUAUCAGGCUGUAGAACGGCAAUUGGUAGUUUCCAGGGCCAGUUUGACAAAACCCCAGCAAAUGCGUUAGGUUCAGUUGUGAUUUCGGAGGCCUUAAAACGCGCGACAAUAAGCCCCCAGGAUGUGGACCAAGUGAUAAUGGGUCAGAUUCUCACAGCGGGUCAAGGACAGAACCCUGCGCGACAGGCCUCAGUGGGGGCUCAAAUUCCAUACUCCGUUCCUGCUUACACUGUAAAUAUGUUAUGUGGAUCUGGUUUAAAGUCAGUAUGUUUGGCCUAUCAAGCUAUUUGUAACAAGGACUACGAUAUUAUUGUUGCUGGGGGACAAGAAAACAUGUCUAGGGCACAACAUGCCGCCUAUAUUCGCGGAAGUAAAUUAGGGGGCGUCGAAUUCAGUGACACUUUAUUGUCAGAUGGAUUGACUGAUGCUUUUAAUAAAAUCCACAUGGGGAAAACUGCUGAGCAUUUAGUGAAAGAAUAUAAAAUAUCGCGCGAAGCUCAAGAUAAGUACGCACUCGAAUCACAAACCAAAACGCAAGAGGCAAUUCAAGGGGGGCACUUCAAGAAAGAGAUAGUGGGGGUUGUUGAUAAGAAAACGGGGAAGGUUUUUGAUACGGAUGAGUUUCCAAGGGCCGGAACUACGUUAGAGGGGUUGGCCAAGUUGAGACCAGUUUUUGAUCCAAAAGGUACCGUAACCGCAGGAAACGCGUCUGGAAUUAACGACGGUGCGGCCGCUUUGGUCCUAUGCAGCGAAAAUCAACUAAAACAGAAAAAUUUAAACCCCUUGGCUAGAAUUGUAGCCACUGCAGAGGCCGGAGUUGAUCCCAUGCUGUUUGGCAUAGGACCUGUGGACGCCGUUAAGAAAGUUUUGGCUAAAGCUGGUUGGACCAAGGACGAUGUAGAUCUCUACGAACUAAACGAAGCUUUCGCCGUUCAAAGCAUCGCAGUUCUAGAGUCUCUACAAGUUGAUAAAACUAAAGUCAAUAUUACUGGAGGUGCUAUCGCUUUAGGGCACCCUAUAGGUGCUUCGGGGGCCCGGGUUCUGGUCACUCUUAUUCACAAUUUGGAAAGAUUGAAUAAAAAGAAAGGAGUGGCGGCUUUGUGUAUUGGAGGAGGGAUGGGGAUAGCAAUGGCAGUUGAAAUGUGUUAAAUGAUUAUUUUUUUUAUGUGUUUUAUAGGGUGACCAGUGUAUGUCAUAUUUGUUUUGGAAUCUCAUUAAAAGUAUUAUUGUGGUUUAGUAA